CGCAGCAGUCACAACCGGCGCUGCACCCAAGCCUUCAGCAGCACCCAAGCACCCUAGCCAUCAGCAGCACCCAAGUCUUCAGCAGCACCCAAGGGACUUAUCCCCGGAGGACUUAUCCUGCCGUUAUUGGUUACUGGGACAGAGGAAUGGACGAGAUGUUCCUGAUGCUUCUUUUUGCCUUGGGGGGGUUUAUCUUGGAUGGGGCACUUGGCUUUGUCAUGAUGACCAACUCCAACUCCAUCAAGAACGUCCCAGCGGCCCCGGCUGGGCAACCCAUUGGCUACUACCCUGUCAGUGUCAGUCCGGACUCCUUAUAUGAUAUUGCCAACAAAUACCAACCUUUGGAUGCCUACCCGCUCUACGGUUGCACAGAAGAUGACGACUGUGCCCUGGAUGAGUUCUGCCACAGUUCCAGAAAUGGCAACUCCCUGGUCUGCUUGGCAUGCCGGAAACGCCGCAAGCGCUGCCUGAGGGACGCAAUGUGCUGCACCGGCAACUACUGUAGCAACGGAAUAUGUGUCCCCGUGGAGCAAGAUCAAGAGCGCUUCCAGCAGCAGGGAUACCUGGAGGAAACCAUUCUGGAAAACUAUAACGCCGAUCACGCAACAAUGGAUACGCAUUCAAAAUUAACCACGUCCCCUUCGGGAAUGCAGCCCUUUAAAGGUCGUGAUGGUGACGUCUGCCUCAGAUCAACCGACUGCGCCCCAGGUCUAUGCUGCGCCCGUCACUUCUGGUCGAAGAUCUGCAAGCCGGUGCUUGAGGAAGGCCAAGUGUGCACCAAGCACAGGAGGAAAGGCUCCCACGGGCUGGAGAUCUUCCAGCGUUGCCACUGCGGCGCCGGACUCUCCUGUCGGUUACAGAAGGGAGAGUUUACGACCGUCCCUAAGACCUCGAGACUUCACACUUGCCAGAGACACUAAGUGAGGCCUGCAGAGCCUGAAGGACCUUCUCUAAAUUAAGCUAAUAAGGACAUUGGCCGCUAAUAAGGACAUUGGCCGCUAAUAAGGACAUUGGUCGCUCUGCCUUUGGGGGCGUAUCAGUUUACAUGAAGUGCUCUGGUCCCUCCCCCCCCCGAGCCCAGAGCUGCACAACUUGUUUCUUUUUUAUAGGAACUUCUUAUUAAUUCCUAAUUACAGUAAAUUACUGUGUUGUAAAUUGGUUAAUAAUGAUGAACAGCUGUAAAUAUCUGUGUAUAGAAAAUGUACAUGAUCCUCUCUAUUGUAACCGGCCGCCUUGUACAUUCCGACUCGCUCUUCCCUGUUUAUAUAUAAAUAUAUCUAUAUAAAUAUUAUGUAGAUUUUAACGUCUAGUACGUCUGUAUUUCUAAUUGAAAUAAAACAUUUCCAAACCGA